GGCCACUGCGUGGGACCUGAGUGAGCAACUUCAGCAGCAGUGGACCGGUUGACGACGCCGCCUCACCCCCCCUGCAUUCCCUCAUAUCCGCCAUCAGGAACCACUCUAGGUCACUAUUUCCACCCCAAUAACUGCUGCUAGUCACCACCCCAGAUAAACCACUCCAGUCCACCUUUGUUAAUUGAAACUAGUAUAUAUAUACAAAUCCCUAUCACCAGAAUCAACUGCAACUUGCUAACAACGUCAAAAGAUUCUACUGCAGGCCUCCAUCACAAAUAACAGGAACCACUGCAGGUCUUUACCAUCACCACUGCUAAGUCAACCCACAACCACUCUACCACCAUCAACAUGAAGUGCUCCGGCAUCAGCGGCGUCGUCUCCUGUUCCUUCCUCCUCCUCCUUCUCGUCCAAAACGCAGCAGCCACUCCUCUUUGUCCAGAGAGGAACGAAAUAGCUCCAGAAGACCUUUCACAGUGCAAGUAUGGUGUGGUGCUGGGAUGGUGUGGCAACGCAGCCUGUGGCAAGGGCCCAGAUGAGCCAUGUGGAGGACGUUGGGAGGAGAACGGCAUCUGCGGAGAGGGGAUGUACUGUGUAUGUGGCUACUGCGCUGGCUGCACUAGUACUCUUGAAUGUGUACUGGGCAGGUUCUGCUAGAAAUAUGCCUGAUACUCAAGAACCCUCCAAGGCGCACCUUGCACGUGAACUCUGCAGCUUCUGUUGGCUAUAAAAAUCUUCAGAUGCACACCUGGAAGCCUCUGACAGAUGCAUUAUUAUUUGUGAAUCAGAUACUCUUUUUAGAUCACAGAGGAGCUCGCGGAGUGGCCAGGCUAGCGUCUACAGGUAGCAGUUUGCAGAAGAAGUUUAUUCUUCGGCGGUGAAAAUUCUUCAGGCGUCGACGUCCUUCUAGGACAGUGGUUCUCAACCUUGUUUGCCCCAUGCACCCCUUUCACCAUAUGUCAGAAUGUCAUUCCCCCCUCCUUUCCAAGAUUGUCUGCCUCAAAAAGUGCAUUCCAAAUAAUAUGCAUAUAAUACUGAAAAUCCUUUAUUUUUUCCAUAUUAGUAUCAGUUUCCCCCCCCCCCCUGAAAACCUGAGGGGGUAAAUUCCCCCCUGGUUGAGAACCCCUGUUCUAGGAUUUCGCUUUCACUUCCGGUCUUUCAUUAACUUUUUGCUGUAGGUCUACUGCCAUCAAUACGGUUAACUGCCGGACGAUCUUGGUCAAUCUUUAGUUGCCCUCUUUGUUGUUACAGCGAAACUCCGCAAAUCUUCCCCGAAUAUCUGUUAAUUGCCUGAUGAAUUCAAUUAAACUGUCGGAUAAGUUCAGUCAAUUACCGGACGAGUACUGUUAGUUAACAGACAAGCUCGGUCAGUUGCCGGACGAUGGUGGUAAGAACCGGUGUAAGAAAAGUAAAUAUAUACUACAUUUCCCAGAUAUGUGUGACACCAUUGCCCAGGAAACUGGUGUCACUAACUUACUGCUUUGUGAUACUUAUAGCUCAUAGCGAGCCGAAAGCCUACACAACUUAACGGAUCUCCAGGCUGGAUCAAAUCUUACGGAACCGGCCAGUGAUAAAUAUAUACGUAAACCCGAUGUUUCUCAACAAAUCAUUAUAACAAUAAAAUAAAUAAUAAACAGCUU